UUGAAAGAUGAAGUUGUUAUUGGCAGUAACUAUAUUAAUGACCCUCCAUUUGGCGCAGGCGCGCAGCGGAAAACACAGUAAUCGCAUUACAAACGGGAAUCUAGCUGAGGCGGGUCAGUUUCCCUACCAGGUGGGCUUGAACGUAUCAUUUGGCAACGCGAGCACCUGGUGCGGCGGAACUCUGGUAUCGCAUCGAUGGAUUCUCACGGCUGCCCACUGCAUGGAUGGAGCGGAGCGUGCUACGGUUUAUCUGGGCGCGAUCAAUAUUACAGACAGGUUCGAGCCGGGUCAGAAGCGUUAUUACGUGACGAGCUCCCAGAUCGUAGUGCAUGCCAAUUGGACGGCCAGCACCGUGGCCAAUGACAUAGCUCUCGUCAAGCUGCCCACUUUCGUGGAGUUCAGCGAUCGGGUGAGAGCUGCCGACCUGCCCAGAGGUCUGAAUGGCAGCUACUCCAGCUAUGAGCAGGCCACGGCCUAUGCAUCCGGCUGGGGCCGGGACAGCGACAGCUCCAACUUCAUGUCGCCAACCUUGCGCUAUGUGGCAAUGCCCGUGAUGCCGCACAGCCGCUGCAAGUUGUUCUGGGGCGGCUCCCUGUCCGAAAAGAUGAUCUGCAUGAGCACCAGCAGCGGCAGAUCCACCUGCCACGGCGACUCCGGCGGCCCGCUCAUCUACAAGGAGGACAGCAACAACUAUUUGAUUGGCAUCACCUCGUUUGGGCUCUCAAUGGGCUGUGAGAUCGGUUUCCCAUCCAUUUUCACGCGGGUGACCAGCUACUUGGACUGGAUUUGGCAACACAUUGGGGCCAACAGCAGGACAGAAUCGAAUUUUUAACAUGAUUUAUAGGACAAGAUGGCUUAUGAUUAAGUUAAUUUAUAUAAAAUUGAAAAUUUAACAAGUCAAGGUUCGACAAUAAGUUUAACGAACUGAGGCUUAAGAGCGAUGGCUUUGGUUUGAGCCAUUAACCACUAAAACGCUGGCUCAACUACAAAUUUAAUUUCAAUAAAAAUGAACACUUGACAAGUUGUACAAUAAACUUAAACAACA